AUCAGGAAGUCCGGGCUUUCCCCCCUGUUCGUUAACUGAAAACACAAAACAUAAGCGAAUGCUCCGGAUUUAGCCUGACAUCAAAAACAAAAACUCGAAAGUAAACUUUUUAUGUGGUAAGAACUUAAUGCGGAACUUAGUUUAGUAUUUGCUUUUUAGUGGAACACCUGGAUUUUUUUUUUUUUUUUUUUUUUUUUGGUCUUACUUUUUGAAAUCCACGCGAGGAUGGACGUUCCUCAACUCACUGAAGAUGAGAUGGCGGAGAUUAAAAAAGACGUCCUGACCCGCAUGCGGCACUACCUCUGUGAGAAGAUCCGGGCCCGGUGCCAUCUAGACUACCUACGCUCCCGCCGUAUCUUGACCAGAGACGACGCUGAGGAGAUCAACAGCAAGACCACGCAGACCAGAAGGACAGGGUGGCUACUGGACAUUCUCACCGAGAACCCCCGUGGCCUCGACGUCCUGGUCGACUCCAUCCGGGAGCUGCGCUCACAAAACUUCCUCAUCCACAAGAUCACAGACGAGGUGCAGAAGGCCAAGAAUGAGAAGCUGGAGUCCCUCAGAGCAGCAGCUUCCAGUUCCUCACCCAAGAGCAGCCUCACCACUCCAUGUCCCUCCCAGGAGGUCUCCGGUAUGUUCUCAAAUGACUCCACCUUGCUCUGCUACCCGGACGGAUCACAAAGCCUCUCCACUCUUGAAGUCGGCGCCCGCCCCAGUGCGCCGUCGCUACCGAACGAUGGCGGACUAAAGUCCGUGGUCUCCUCCUCCUCCACCUUAACCUGCUCUAGCCUCCCCAGGCCAGGAGAACCGGGAGCUCCCGCACUACCCGAGGAGGAGGACGAGGAGCAGUUACCGGAGUCCACCAGCAGCGGAGCAGACCCUAACUUCCAACCCCUUCGCUCGCGUUGUCUUACUCCCACGUCAUAUCGGAGCACCUUUUACUAAAAUAGCGUUAGUAUGUUUCCAUUAAAGGGACAAUCCGGUACACUCAUCAACCACUAAGGAGAUGUCCUGCUGCUUUUUAAUACAGUAUAAAAUAGGGCUGAACAAUAUUGAAAAAUACUCCAAUUGUGAUUUUUUUUUUUCCUCUCAAUAUAACGAUUGCGACUUAAUCUGCAAUAUUUUUGGACAACAACUGUGGCGUAACUGUCAAUCAAUCAGUCAGUCAUAAAUCAGAUUACAUCAGUUGUGCUGACAAAUGUUUGGCUUUAUCACCUGACUAUUUAACAUUUCAUGAAAUAUUUGAUAUGUAAACAUGUGGACUGCACUUAAUUUAUCAGACAAUAAAAUUAAAUAUAAAUAAAAUAAAACAUACGUAGCUGUAAAAUCCUGUGAACAGCCCAAAAUAAGGAUCCCAAAUUGCGGGAAGGUACGAUGCAUAAAUGCAUGUUAUUGACAGGAUUUAACAGUACAUAAUAUAAAAGUCGACCGACCAAAAUGUUUUUCUUUUUUUCUUCCCAAAUUGCAGUCUUCGCAUAAAAAUAAAAGAUUGCUUUCCACUGCAUUCUAAUAACACUUUAAAUGUAAUUGUUCAGCCCUAGCAUAAACUACUAGUCACUACACUGUAUAGUACACCGAAACAUGCACAAAUAACAGAUUCAUCUCUGAAAAAUGAAAGAAAAAAAACGACACUGUGAUUGAUAAUCACAUUUAAAUUAGUGCUGUCUUUAUCCGAUCCUAAAAUAACCAAUAUGGUGUGUUUUCUGCACUCGCUUGCUUAUUUAUUUUUUUGAUACACAAAAGACAUAUUGGAGUAAGACUUAAUACAAGAGCUGCAUCCACAAAAUUUACAGAGAUAAUAAUAUUCAUUUUGAGGUGUUCAUCCAUCCAUCCAUUUCCUAUCGCUCUUGUCCUCAUGAGGGUCAUGGGUGAGCCAGUGACUGUUCCACAGGACUUAUCACACAGAGACUACCCAAGGAAAUACAUGCAGUUUCUAAAUGACAAUUUCAUUCAUUAAGGCACACAAUAAAAUCCUAAACUACCUGUCACUAUGUGUAAAAGUAACUGCCCCCUACCACCCCUUGUUAAAUCACAAAGUAACUGUGACUAAGUUCAAUUUAACA